UUAUGAAUCUGAACUUUCCAUUUAAGAAAAACACCAAAACAUUCCGACCUCGGAAGGAAAUACCGAAAGGUUCCAAUCAACACGUUCUCCUAGAGCACGCCGCGAAAACUUUGGGAACGGGAAAUCUCAAAUUAGCUGUUAUGUUACCAGAAGGUGAAGAUUUGAACGAAUGGAUAGCUGUGAAUGUUGUGGAUUUCUUCAAUCAAAUCAACAUGCUUUACGGGACAUUGGUUGACCAUUGUAGUGAUUUUUCAUGUCCGAAAAUGUCAGCAGGUGCUAAAUAUGAAUAUCAAUGGUCUGAUGAACGUAAUAAAAAGCCUAUCGCCUGCAGUGCUCCAAAAUAUAUGGACUACUUGAUGACUUGGGUGCAAUCUCAGUUAGACAAUGAAGCCAAGUUUCCAUCAAAAAUUGGUGUUCCGUUUCCCAAAAAUUUCCAAGCAGAAGCGAAAAAAAUUCUGAGGCGCUUGUUUAGAGUAUACGCACACAUAUACUAUCAUCACUUUGAGACUGUGCUGGAAUUGCAGGAAGAGCCGCAUCUUAAUACUUCGUUCAAACACUUUGUGUACUUUGUCUCUGAGUUCAACCUUGUCGACAAAAAAGAGUUGGCUCCUCUGGCGGAUUUGAUUUUGAAGCUCGUUCCUGAUUGCGCUCUAUAAUUCAUCAAAAGUGGGCCGACUAUAAUUCUAUCACGGGGCUGCCCCUUUAAAGUGUUAAUAAUGAUUCUUUGAAUAUUUUUGAUACCUUAGAUUGCUUAGAAAUAAUUUAACGUGUUUUAAAACAUGAGCAAUUUUAUUAAUGUGACGAUUGAUUUAUGCUGUUUUCAAUUUUUGUAACUGUUUCUAUCCCGUAGAGUAGAGGGUAGUUUGCAUAUAAUUUUAUUUUGCGAAAGUUUCAAUUUUGCUUGAAAUUUAUUGCUCUUCGUUAUGAAUUGAACCUUAGUUUGAAAUGAACCCAAAUUGAUAUCGUCCAAAUAAUUCGUUUUUGAAUUCGGAGUGAUAUA